UUUCAAGACAGCAGAAGAAUACGAAACACUAGAGGGAAGGAGCUGUGAUUGAGAGAGAGAGAGAGAGAGGGAAGGAGCUGUGAUUGAGAGAGAGAGAGAGAGAGAGAGGAGAUGCCGAGGACCGGAUUCAGAGGAUCAGUCACAAGUCCGAAGGUAGACUUGAUAGUGGACAUGGGCAAUCCCUUCCUCAAUCUCACCGUCGACGGCUUCUUGAAGAUCGGCACUGUUGCAGUGGCAAAGACGGCGACCGAGGAAGCAUAUCACAUCGUAAAAACAGGGAGUAUUUCUCAACACAAGCUUGAGAAUUCGUUAAAGAAGAUGUGCAAGGAAGGUGCUUAUUGGGGAACUAUAGCUGGAGUAUAUGUAGGAAUGGAAUAUGGCAUGGAGAGAAUACGUGGCACCAGGGACUGGAAGAAUGCAAUGCUUGGAGGCACCUUGACUGGGGCCUUGGUAUCUGCUGCCAGCAACAAUAAGGGAGACAAGAUCGUGAUGGAUGCCAUUACUGGAGGUGCGGUUGCUACCGCUGCUCUGAUCGUAAACUCUCUCACCUGAACAGCAAUUCUCCCACCUUUGCGAAUGUGAGGAAUAAAUACUUGAAAUGUUUCUUCUGUUAAUAAGGGAUGACAAUUUCCUGAUUAUGCGUGGUGCUGCUGUUCUGUACUGCUGAAUCUAUUCAGAGUAUAAUAACUUUGGGUCAACAACUGUUCUGUUAUAGUUAGAAUUCAAGCAGCCAAUUCCACUUAGUGAGAUUAAGGUUUCUGGUGACGAGGACGACCACGAUGAUAACAGUUCUUGAAGACAAACUUCCCCCCUAGAGCGGUGAUAUAGGUGUGUGUUAGGGCAUGACCCUGCUAUAGUUUAGCUUAGCCAUGGAGAUAUAUAUCUGGUCCUGGUUUUCUUUAAA